CACUACCCCGAUACUUCCGGGAUCUGCGGAAACGGCCCGUUGCCAUGGCGGCUAUGUACACAGUUCUGCAGCGGCGAGUGCGGGCUUGCAGUCGCUGCGCAGGCAGCGGAAGGCGGCGGGAGGGCCACUGCCUCCGGGGCGGUGAACAGGGGCCACGCUUCGCCCGGGUGAGGAGAAGCAAGGCUCGAGAGGGGCGGGCAGCGACUAGGAUCCGAACACCGCUCCACCCGGGAGUCCCCCGGCUUAGCUCGCUGAUCUGUGAAACCCGAGCGGAGGAGAGGGCGCCGCAUCGUGGGGACCCUUUCCGGCUGGCUGCGACUUAGGGUCUUUGAAUCUAACGUUCCCUGGCCGCACGAGGGCUCUGCGUCGCUGCCUAGGUUGAGAGGGCCCGAAGUGGGGAACCAGAGGUCUGGACAGUUUUCGAACUGGAGGGGGCUUCAGGAUCGCCAGGUCGACCCGCUCGCUUUACAGAUGAGGAAACCGCUCCAGAGAGGGACAGGAAUGGUCCCAAGGCCAACUGCCUCCCACAAUCCACAAAGGGGUCCGUAGUGACGGAAGAUGGACCCACAUUUGGAGAUUCAGCUGUCCUCUGACUUCCAGCCAUGACCAUCACUACCAACCACCAUUUCUUGAGUUCCUGCUCUGUGCUGGGCACUGUUCUGGACACUGAGGGGGGAUUCAAAAGAGAUAAAGCACAGUUCAAUCCCUCAAGCAACUUGUAAUUUAAUUUGGGAGCAGAAACCCACUCAAAUGAUGCAGCGUAAGAAUGAUAACAAGCAUUAUUUCAAAAUACCCAGGGGAUUUCUUUGGCUUCAACUCCUCUUUCCUCCCCCAUGAAGCUAGAAUGGGCACUAGAAAAAAAGUUCAUGCAUUUGUCCGCGUCAAACCCACCGAUGAUUUUGCUCACGAAAUGAUCAAAUACGGAGAUGACAAUAAAAGCAUUGAUAUUCACUUAAAAAAAGAUCUUCAGAGAGGAGUUGUCAAUAACAAGCAGACAGACUGGUCGUUCAAGCUGGAUGGAGUUCUCCACAAUGCCUCCCAGGACUUAGUUUAUGAGACAGUUGCAAAGGAUGUGGUUGCUCAAGCCCUCGAUGGAUACAAUGGUACCAUCAUGUGUUACGGGCAGACAGGAGCCGGCAAGACAUACACCAUGACAGGGGCAACUGAGAAUUACAAGCACCGGGGGAUCCUUCCUCGUGCCCUACAACAGGUUUUUAGGAUGAUCGAGGAACGCCCCACACAUGCCAUCACUGUGCGUGUUUCCUACCUGGAAAUCUACAACGAGAGUCUCUUUGAUCUCCUGUCCACUCUGCCCUAUGUCGGACCAUCAGUCACACCAUUGACCAUUGUGGAAAACCCUCAAGGGGUCUUCGUUAAGGGCUUGUCAGUCCACCUUACAGGUCAGGAGGAGGAUGCCUUCAGCCUCCUUUUUGAGGGAGAGACCAACAGGAUUAUCGCCUCCCACACAAUGAACAAAAACUCAUCCCGGUCACACUGCAUUUUCACCAUCUACGUGGAGGCCCAUUCACGGACUUUAUCAGACGAAAAGUACAUCACUUCCAAAAUUAACUUGGUGGAUCUAGCGGGCUCGGAAAGGCUGGGGAAGUCUGGGUCGGAGGGCCGCGUGCUGAAGGAAGCCACCUACAUCAACAAGUCGCUAUCAUUCCUGGAGCAGGCCAUCAUUGCCCUCGGGGACCAGAAGCGGGACCACAUCCCCUUCCGGCAAUGCAAGCUCACCCACGCCCUGAAGGACUCAUUAGGGGGAAAUUGCAAUAUGGUCCUCUUGACGAACAUCUAUGGAGAAGCUGCCCAGUUGGAAGAGACGCUUUCUUCCCUGCGGUUUGCCAGCAGGAUGAAGUUGGUCACCACAGAGCCUGCCAUCAACGAAAAGUAUGAUGCUGAGCGAAUGGUCAAGAACCUGGAGAAGGAGCUGGUGCUGCUCAAGCAGGAGCUGGCCAUCCAUGACAGCCUGGCCAACCGUACCCUUGUGAACUAUGAUCCCAUGGAUGAAACCCAGAUUGCUGAGAUCAACUCCCAGGUGCGGAGGUACCUGGAGGGGACACUGGAUGAGAUUGACAUCAUCAACCUGAGACAGAUCCAGGAGGUGUUCAAUCAGUUCCGGGUGGUGCUGAGCCAACAGGAACAGGAGGUGGAGUCCACUUUGCGCAGGAAAUACACCCUCAUAGACAAGAAUGACUUUGCCGCCAUCUCUGCAGUCCAGAAGGCAGGGCUUGUGGACGUUGAUGGCCACCUAGUGGGUGAGCCUGAUGGACAAGGCUUCGGACUCGGGGUCAUCCCUUACUCUACCAAACCUGGGAAGAAAUCCAAGUCCAAGAAGACGUUCAAAGAACAGCUCAGCUCCUCAGCAAAAAAGGAAGGUGCCAGCAGCCCUGUGAGUGGCAAGGAUUUGGAGGUCUCUACCUCCAAGACCCAGCUGACCCCGUCCUCCAAGGAGGGGGAUGUCAAAGAGCUGCCUCUGAGGGACCGGGAGACCUCCAGCAUUGAGCCUCUUCCCUCAGACUCCCCGAAGGAGGAAUCACGCCCACCCAGGCCCAGUACCCCACCCCCCAAACCUGUGGCCUUUGAGGACUUUAAGAAUGAGCGGGGCAGUGAGAUCAACCGCAUCUUCAAAGAGAACAAGUCCAUCUUGAACGAGCGGAGGAAAAGGGCCAGUGAGACCACACAGCGCAUCAAUGCCAUCAAGCGGGAGAUGGACAUGACCAAGGAGGCACUAAAUUUUCAGAAGUCACUCCGGGAGAAGCAAGGCGAGUACGAGAACAAGGGGCUGAUGAUCAUUGACGAGGAGGAAUUCCUGAUGAUCCUGAAGCUCAAAGACCUCAAGAAGCAGUACCGGGCUGAGUAUCAGGACCUGCGUGACCUCAGGGCUGAGAUCCAGUACUGCCAGCACUUGGUGGAUCAGUGUCGCCACCGCCUGCUCACGGAAUUUGAUAUCUGGUACAACGAGUCCUUCUUCAUCCCUGAGGACAUGCAAGUGUCGCUGAAGCCAACUAGUGGCAUCCGGCCAGGCAUGGUGCCUAUCAGCAGGCUCGUGGCUCUGGGAGAAGAUGACCAGGACAAGUUCAGCCAGCUGCAGCAGAUGAUGCUGCCAGAGGGCCCUGACUCCAUCUCCUUCUACAAUGCCAAAGUCAAGACAGAACAGAAGCACAAUUACUUGAAAACCAUGAUGGGCCUCCAGCAGGGACACAGGAAAUAGGGACUAAUCGCCAAUACCUUAAAGGACAAGACUCCCAGGAACCCCUGCCUGCUCUAUAUGGGCUGCUAAACCACCUGCCCAGAGCUC